AUGAGUGACUCAAAAGGUCACGAGAUUGAAAUCCGUAAUAUUAUUAAAUCUCCUGACUUACGACUUCUUACCGAUGACGAACUUCUACUCAAAGUUGCACUCAUUAUCCAUGAUGAAGACGUGAAAUCAAUCAGAAAACUCCUACCGUGGAAAACGGAAAAUGAACUUGCUAGUAUGAUAAUAGACGUUUAUCCUGUUGAAAUUAGAGAGAUGCCGGAAUUAAGAUUUUUGUCUCGUCCAAGGCCUCCAGUUCCACCAGAUGGUACUCCGGAAUAUCGAGAUUGGCUUUUGAAAGCACAGUGGAGUCCUGAGGAAGAACAUGCAUAUAGAGAGAUGACAGAGUAUGGGAGAAGAGGGUUGAAAGAUUGGAGGAAAUUAGUAAGAAAUUUAAAUGGAAAAAACUUAAGUGAUGUUAUCAAACAUUUUGGAACUUUAAAG